GGUAGUACUCACUAACACAGUAUUGAUGACGAAUAUAAACAGAGAGAGCGGGCUGCUGCAAGAACAAUCCAGGAAGACGAAGACAAGAAUGAGGUGGAGUGCUAUGGCUAUGUCUACAUCGGCAGCACAGGGAGGGAUCAUCCUCCUCUUCCUCUUCCUCUUGCUGCAGUUGAUCUGCACUCCCUGCAGCUGCUCCUCGCCGGGGGGGGCAGCAAGCAGCAGCAGAGUUGUGAGGCAUCUCCCGGGGUUCGAUGGGGAGCUCCCCUUCGAGCUGGAGACCGGGUACGUGGAGGUGGACCACACCACCGGCGUGCGCCUCUUUUACUACUUCAUCCGGUCAGAGAGCAACCCGGAGGAGGACCCCUUCUUGCUGUGGCUCACCGGAGGCCCCGGCUGCUCCGCCUUCUCCGGCCUCGUCUACGAGAUCGGACCCCUCAGCUUCGAUCUCCAUGGACAUGGACAUGGAGAUGGAGGAGUGCCAAAGCUGGUGUACAAGGCGGAGUCGUGGACGAGGCUGAGCAACGUCAUCUUCCUCGACUCGCCUGUCGGAACUGGGUUUUCCUACGCCGCCACCGACGCAGGCUUCCGCUCCAGUGACACCAUUGCUGUCCACCAGAUUCUCGUCUUCCUCAACAAGUGGUUUGGGGAAUUGCACCCGGAGUUCCUGUCCAAUCCUCUCUACAUCGCCGGCGACUCGUACUCCGGAAUGAUUGUGCCGGCUGUCACCCUCGGAAUCGCGACUACUAGUCCUAGUUCUGUCCAACAACUUCAUCUUGUUGGGACCAAGACUGAACAACCAUAUUCUCUCAAUCUAAAGGGAUACAUUCUGGGCAAUCCAGUCACUGAUCACGACUUCGACACCGCAUCCAAAAUUCCAUUUGCUCAUGGGAUGGGCCUCAUUUCUGACCAACUGUACGAGGCAUACAAGAAGAGCUGCAGUGCCAAGGACAACACUCAGCAGCAAAGUGUUCAGUGCACCAAUACUCUUGAUGCCAUAGAUGAGUGUGUCAAGGACAUAUACGCAAAUCACAUUCUGGAGCCUUACUGCACUUUUGCAAGCCCUCAUCAUCCUCACAAGCUCAUCAAUAAGCCUGCAUUUACUUCGGGAGUACGCCAGAUGCUCCAACUCCAAGACCUUCACUUGUCUGAGAUCUCUUCAGAAUGCAGAACCGCAGAAUAUACCAUGUCCAGGAUAUGGGCAAACAAUGACACAGUAAGAGAGGCCCUUGGAAUUCACCAGGGAACAGUUCCUUCGUGGCAAAGAUGCAACUACGACGUAUUGUAUACUUCUGAUAUAAAAAGUUCAGUAAGAUACCAUCUGGAUUUGACAACUAGAGGCUACAGAAGCCUAAUUUACAGUGGUGAUCAUGACAUGGUUAUUCCUUUCAUCGGCACGCAAGCCUGGAUUAAGUCUCUGAAUUUCCCUGUUGUGGAUGAGUGGAGACCAUGGUUUGUGAAUGGACAAGUUGCAGGAUAUACAAGGUCAUACUCUAAUAACCUCACAUUUGCAACUGUCAAGGGUGGUGGACAUACUGCUCCAGAAUACAUGCCAAAGCAAUGCCUUGCUAUGCUUGGAAGGUGGGUUUCUGGCGAUCCUCUUUGAUGGUGAAGGUAUCUACAUCCACAGCUUGAUCGAACUGGUUGUCCCCAGCGGCACCUAGCUUAUUGCUCCUUGACUCUUGCCCGGCGGACGGCGGCGGCGGCGCUGAGUCAUCCAGCAGUGGCUGGCGGUUCCCUGAAAAAGCUAGCGCCUCAUCUCAAGGUGUGGAUGUAGCUAGCUUCCUGGAGUGAGCCAUUAGCCUGAGAGCUGAGAUGGCCCCAUGCUUCACCACAGCAGGCUGCAUAUAUUUGGGUGUUGGCAGAGAUCAUUUUCUAUCUAGUGUCGUGUGGUGACUAACUGAAAAGAUAUUGUGCGAUUAUUUUGCUACUACAAACAUUAGUUGGUAUUCUUUGAAUCUUACAUAACCUAGUAUUAUGUAUAUGGAUGGGAUUUUCUCAAAAUUUAUUAAGCUUUAUAAGCUGUUACAUUAAAAAAAGUUUUGUUUGAUUGAAUAGAAAUUUGA